AUGUUUUGAUCUUUCAGAAAUUCUGAGCAGAAGAGGGUGAAACACAAAUAAAAUGGCACCACCAGUGUAUGCAGAUGUUGGAAAACCCGCAAGGGACCUCUUCAGCAAGGGUUACCACUUUGGGAUGCUGAAAUUAGAAUGCAAAACAAAGACUCCUUCUGGAGUGGAAUUCACAGCAGACAUGACCAACAACAGUGACACAAACAAGGUUGCUGGUAACUGUGAGGUCAAGUUCAAAGUCCCAGAAUAUGGUUUGAGUGUGACAGACAAGUGGAACACCGACAACCAGAUUCACACGGAAGCCGCCAUAGAGGAUCAGGUGAUCAAGGGAUUGAAGUUGACUGGAACUACUCUGUUCUCACCAUUCUCAGGGAAGUGGUCAGUGGUAGGAAAGAUGCAAUACAAACAACCAAACGCAACACUCACACUUGAUGCAGAUGUCUUGAAUGGACCAGCUCUGCAUGGUGGCCUUGUACUUGGGUACUCGGGCCUUUUGGCUGGCUACCAAGCAUCAUAUGAUGCUGCUAAAGCUAAACUCACCAAAAGCAAUGUCCUUGGGGGAUAUGAGACAAAGGAUUAUUACCUUCACAUGAAUGUAGACAAUGGACAAGACAUUGGAGGCUCUAUAUACACGAAGGUGAGUCCUAAAUUGGAAGCUGGUGUCCAGUUUGGUUUCACCAUGGGUCCAAACUCUACUCGUCUUGCAAUUGGGUGCAAGUAUGCUCUGGAUGAUAUCACCACACUCAGGGCAAAGGUCAAUAACAAUUGCCAACUGGGUCUCAGCUAUCAACAGAAACUCCGACCUGGUGUUACAGUCACAGGCUCCACCCUGCUUGAUAUGGUGAACCUGAACCAGGGAGGUCACAAAGUUGGAGUCUGUUUGGAGAUGGAGGCAUGAUUGUGUUCUUAUAGCUAAACUCUUGCAGAUAGUAAUGAUCUUAGAGUUUUCCAGCUUCAACUUCAGAUGGGUAUUGUUUUACGUUUCUGCUUGUAUUGUGUUUAUUUUACAUGGUUCUUCCUCUAUGUCCCUUGCAAUUCCAUAGGCCUAUUGCCUGUAGUUUUGGGAUCCUGUUGAAAGCUGAAUGAUCAAUCAUCACGAUUAAAGAGGUGUUAUGAAAUGUGGA